UCCGUCUUGAAAAAGUAACGUUACAGUUGCUGGUUUCACGUCGUGACCCUCAGGCAUGGAGGAUGACACACAGGAGGAGACCCUUGCACAAUUCAAAGAAAAGCGUCUGGGAGGAUGGGGCAUCCUGCAGCUGACAGCAGGGACAGGACUGGCCGUCUAUGCCAUGUGGGCAGGAGUUUUGAUGCCAGGGUUUCGCAGAGUGCCUCUUAAACUGCAGGUGCCUUACAUGCCAGCUAGUAAAAGACAAGUGGGUAAUGUUAUGACUCUGCUGAAAGGUCGCUCUGGAGGUUUUGCUGACUUGGGAUCAGGUGACGGUAGGAUUGUGUUAGAGGCGAGCCAGCAGGGAUUUUCUCCUGCUGUAGGCUAUGAGCUGAAUCCCUGGCUCGUCCGGCUUGCACGCUUUUAUGCUUGGAGAGCUGGCCAAUACAAAAAAGUCUCAUACCGACGAGAGGACCUGUGGAAGGUUGAUCUCUCUGGCUAUAAGAAUAUCUCUGUGUUCUUGGCACCAAGUGUGCUCACACUUUUACAGGAGAAGUUGCUGACCGAGCUCCCUGAAGAUGCUUUGAUCAUUGCUGGACGCUUCCCCUUUCCUAACUGGACACCGUGCAGGAUAGAGGGCGAAGGUGUGGACAGAGCCUGGGCGUAUCAUAUGGAAGCGCUCAGAAAACAGAACCAGUCAAAGAACAUUACAUCGACUGAGCACACCAGAUGAUACAGAACUCUACUUUAAUACCAUUUUAUCAAUACCAUUAAUACAAUAGUAUUAAUACUAUAAUACUAUUUUAUUACUUCUUAUCAUUUUAUAACAUUUUAAUUUACUGUUUUUAUGGUUGUUUUAUUCAACCUCUUGACUUUGCGCAUGAUGUAACAAGAAUAACUUUCGCUUUCACUAUUGCACACUCAAGGUUCACAAGGUUCAUAAUGGUGCAGACAUCAAGCACUUGUGGAUCUUUAGGUUGAAAGAAUUGAAAUUUCCACUAGUUGUGUAAUUUCAACUAUUUAAAAAAUAGUGAAUAAAGAGCUUCUUUCCAGGUCAUUGUAAUGACAGGGAUGCAGUGUUCAGGGUAUUCUUCAACCAGAUUUGCUGGUAGCCCUUUUUUUUUACCGGAAAUACAACGUGUAGAUCACAGGAUAAGCCCAAAUUCUGCAUUUUUCAAAUGUGCUCUCAGCGAUUGUGGGUGCUUUUUGAAGUCUUGGAACGAUCGGGUCACUUCCUGCUUCUGUAUGUGACCUAGUUAACUUAACUCCUCACGAUAGUGACAUGAACUUGAAUAAGAGCAACAAAAAAUAAACUAAUUUAUUCCUGAGAAUCAUUUCCUUCACAUCUCAAUCACUUCCCCUUUAUCAGGAGUUGA